AUGGCUGAAGUAUUUAUUAGUGGAAGUAUUGAGUCAGCUGAUGGUUUUGGUGACAAUCAAUUAUCAAUUCGAUGGCAAAUUUCACAUGGUGAGAGAUUUUUGAGUUUUCGCACUUUUACUAAACAUUUAUGCACUUUUGAGUCAUUGGAAUCAAAAAAUCAAAAACUUUUAGGUGGAGGUUGGAAAGUUAUGAAUGGUGAAUCUGAAGGUCAAACCCAAACUGAUUGUCCAUCAAUUUUUGAACAAGCCUAUCUUUCGCAUCCUUUGGAUCUUCAUUUAUCAACAAACACAAUUCAAGGAUGGCCAAAAAUAUUGAUUCAGGUUUGGCAUCAUGAUAAUUAUGGAAGACAAGAGAUUGCUGGAUAUGGAAGUUUGGUAUUGCCAAGUUCGAGUGGAUCAUAUCAAUUAAAAUGUGGAUGUUGGAGACCAAAAGGAAGUUGGAGAGAAGAAAUGAUGCAGAAAUUUGUUGGUGGUGGAAUGCAGGUAUGAGAUUUUAAACAAAAAAAAUCAAAUUCAAAAAAUGAUGAAGUUUUUUUUUAAAUUAGUUCAACAAAAAACAAUAAAAAACCUGAUGACUUUUUCUCCAAAAAUUAACAUGUUUUUGAUCUACAAAUAAAUUGUUUCUCCAAUCCAAACAAAAUUGUAUUUUUCUUUCAGCUCUCCAAUCUCUCAAUCCUGGAAAACCCCCAACUUCGCGAAAAAAUCACAAGUAUUUCAACAGGUUCCGUAAAUUUUGACCUCAAUAUAAUUACUAAAAAUUUUCAAAAAUUCGGAAUUAUUUCCUAG